AAGACGACGACGAAGGAGCGUUGAUAAGGCGUUGAAAAUAGCGACUUCUCGGAUAAAAACAAGUCGUUGGUAGUCAUGAGUUGUUUGUGGAUGGGCAAUCUUGAGCCCUACAUGGAUGAAAAAUUCGUUUCCCGGGCUUUUGCUACAAUGGGAGAACUAGUGGUUAGUGUAAGAAUUAUUCGCAACAAAAUGAACUGGGGUGCUGCUGGUUACUGCUUUGUGGAGCUAGCAGAUGAAGCUACAGCAGAGAGAUGUCUUAGAAAAGUCAAUGGGAAACCUGUCCCAGGAGCUAUGCCUCCCAAGAGAUUCAAGCUAAAUAGAGCAAAUUAUGGGAAGCAAGGAGAUUACAGGUGCUAUCAGCCGUACCCAUAUGACCACAGCCAGUACUAUCAGCAGUACACUGACUACUACUCAGAUUGGGGAUAUGAUCAGAAUGCAAGCAGCUAUGGUGGCUACCAGUACAAUUCAUAUGACUACAGUAACCAGCCUUAUGAAGUUGCAAGUGAAGAUGGUGGACUUGAAGACCCCACUGUUGACCUGGACGUGGUGGAAGCAAACAAACAAUUCAUGGAAGACAGUGAGGAGCUCUACGACGCCCUAAUAGAAUGCCACUGGCCUGCUUUAGAUUUCCCUGACGCUCCUGAAUAGGAUAGUAGACUAAAGGUCCUAUAAUGGGUCUGAAGAUUAAUGUGCUGCAUCUCUUCACCUCUGUGAUGGUGUCAGAAGGAAUAUGUCUUGUGUGGUGUGCUCCAGAUCCCUUGUACACAGAAUACACAGGCUAAUACAGAGUGCAAACAUCAGAUGCCUGAAACACAAGGAGCUAUUUUUUGUGGAGUUCAUGAAAUGCUGUGACCCACACAAAAUGUUUGGUUUGCAUUUUUAUAAGUGGGCAAGAUGCACAAAUACCAGAGUAAAUUAUUUUAACUAAUUGAAAUUAUCUGAGGUGUGUAGAAGUAACUUUCCGUGUUUUUUUUCUUCAUCUGGUGUGCAGUGUUUUCAUUAUGUAACUCGGAAUUCAGACUUCCAAAUUUCAGUAAGAUGAGUUAUUUAAUUUUAUUUUUGUAGUAAAAUUUAUGUAUCACAUAAAUGAGAGUGCUGCGUUUGCCCCAUAUGUUUUUUAUUUAUUAUCAGUAUUGAGGUUUAGCAUCCUCCAAGUUUUUCAUGUUUUUUAGCAAUAAAUCAUUACUAGUG